AUGCACUAAAAUAAAAACAAUUUUAAGCCUGUUUUACCAAAAUUAAAAAUUCCAAACUAAUCUAAAUAAUUACUAAGUUCUCCUUAGAGAUCAAAAUUUAAUGAUGAAAGAAAAUUAGAAACAAUUGUCGAAAAACGGAAUUUUUAAAAGUAAUUGAUUGAUUUAGUUACUACUUUACAAGAUGAUGCUUAGUAAAGUAUAAUGAAUUCUGAUUUUUCAAGAAAUGAUCUCUUAAAACAUUAUAAAUAAUUACCAUCAAAACCUACAUUACUAUUUGAGAAAGCAUUAAAAGGUCUUCAUCCUUUAUAGUAAAGUGAAUAUAGAGGUAAGGAAUUAAAGAAAUUGGAAAAGAAGGUUUAAGUUAUUAAUGAAAGAAAUCCAUUAUAGGAGUCUUGGAAAUCACCAUUUUUAUCAUAACCUAGAUUAUAUAAAUCUUCUAGAACUGAUAAUGACACUUUGUCAUAAGAAAUAGAAUAAAAUGCAUAAAAUGUAGUGUUGAUAAAUGAAAAUUUAAAAGGUUUUGGUCCAAGAUUAAGAACAUAUUUGGAUUAUGAUAAAAAUACUAGAUUUGAGAGAUAAAAAGGGAAUCCUAAAUAUUUAUAUAGAGAAAAUUUAGUGAGAUUGAUAAAAAAUAAUACAACAAAAGAAUUGGAUUUAGUUAAGGAAUGGAAUAUAUUAAUAAAUUAUGAUAAAUUAGUUGUUUAUGCUGGUUUCCAAAGACCAGAAGUUAGACUAUAAUAAUUUGGUACAAUCUCAUCCAUUAGCCAUUAUUAAAGUAUUUAAGAUUUCCAUAAGAAGUAACUUAAAUAAACAAACAAUUAACCUACUCCAAAUUCAUAGAUAUCCCCUUAAUUUUUAAUUAAAAAUUCAAGAUAAAGUAAUUCAAGUGAACCAAUAGAUUUUGGUAAAUCUAAUUAGAUGGUAUUGGAUGUAUCAGAAGUUGAGAAGAUUUAGGAUGAUAUUUCAAUUAAAAAGGAUACAUUUUUAACAUAUUGUUAAGUAUUUUGGGAUUUAAUAAGAAAGGAGGAUGAAAUUGUAGAAAGAGUUGUAUGGGCAUUUUGUAAAAAUGAUUUAAUGACAUUCACUUCUUUUAAACAUUUUUAUAAAUUGAUUGUAUUUUAGGAAGGUACAUUUGAAGAAUAUAUAAAAUUAACAUUUGAUUUUUUUAUGGGAUCAGAAAGAAAUGAAAUUCCAUUUACAGAGAUUUAAGGUUUGUUAAGAUUAUUGGCUUAGAGAAUAGAUGGAAAAGAUCAUAUUUUAAGUGAUCAAAUAUUAAUGGAUAUUGUAAGUUAAAUACAUAGACCAUAAGUAAUCUCUAAAGAAACCUUGUAGUAAUUAAUCUUUGAAGAUAAGAUCCCUCCAACAGUGAUAGUAAAAAUGAUGUAUGAGUAAGCAUGA